AUGACUCUGGUUCUGUCCAUGAAUAGAUUCUGCGAGCCCAUUGUCUCGGAAGGAGCUGCCGAAAUUGCAGGGUACCAGACACUAUGGGAGGCUGACAGCUACGGAGGCCCCAGCCCCCCAGGGCCAGCACAGGCUGCUCUGCAGGGAGACCGGGGAGCCGGCCCCCCGCUGGCAGGAUCACAUUACAGGGGAAUUUCAAAUCCUAUAACAACAUCCAAGAUCACAUACUUUAAGAGGAAGUAUGUGGAAGAAGAGGAUUUUCACCCACCACUCAGCAGCUGUAGCCAUAAAACCAUCUCCGUUUUCGAGGAGCGAGCCCACAUCCUUUACAUGUCCUUAGAGAAGCUCAAGUUCAUCGACGACCCUGAAGUGUACCUCCGGAGAUCUGUCCUGAUAAACAACCUGAUGAAGAGGAUCCAUGGAGAGAUCAUCAUGCAGAAUAACUGGUGCUUUCCCGCCUGCUCGUUCAACGGCGCCCCUGCCCAGGAGUGGUUCGUGGCCCAGGACUGCCCUUACCGGAAACGACCGCGGAUGGCCAAAGAGGAGUGUGAGAAGAUCCAUGCCUGCUGCUUCUACCAAGAUUGUGGUGGCCACUAUCUAAAUCUACCCCUUUCUGUCAAUGCUAAUGUUGGAAGUGCCUCCACCACUGCCUCCUCUUCUUCCCCCUCCUCCCCCCCCUCCUCCUCCUCCUCCUCCUCUUCUUCCUCUUCUUCCUCCUCUUCCCCUCUGCCUUUACCAAGUUGUUCCCACCAGGUGGAUUUUGAUGUCGGCAGUGCACCAAUUUACAAGGGUGAUGGCCACAUACCUGCCAGUGAAAUCUUUGUCACUAAUGCCAGGUCGCUUGGUGUUCAGGAAAAGGCCAGAUUACAUGAUGAGAAAUCCCACGAUGACACUGACCGGGCCGGCGGCCCCCUCAGCCACGAACCUGUGGGACACGACCUGGCGUUUGAGUGCAAAGGCCAAUUUUAUGAUUAUUUCGAGACUGGCUACAAUGAGAAGAACGGCGUCAGCGAGUCCUGGAAGAAGUCCUUGAGGAGAAAGGAGCCCUCCCCAGGCAACAAACUGUGCUGCAGCAAAAGGAAGUAG